AUGUCCUUGAUCGCCCCUCUUCGCCGCCAGCUACCCCGCGUUGUCCGAAGAGCACCCUUGCUCACUUCUGUUCGUCCCAGCAGAACACUUCGAUUCCACUACCAAUCCUUCUCAACCACCACCGCAAACAUGUCUUUCAGCAACACCGACACCGGCAGCAAGACCGCCGACCCCUACGUUGCCAAGAACCUCGACGAGCCCAGCGAGCUCAAGGAGAAGGUUGGCGAUCUCAUCAGCUUCGUCGACAAGUCCAAGUACUGCAUGAUGACCACCCGCAUCGCCAGCAGCGGUCUUCUUGUCUCUCGUUGCAUGGCCCUGGCCGCCAAGGAGGGCAAUGGUGUCGACCUCAUCUUCCACGCCAACAGCGAAUCCGGCAAGACGGACGAUCUUGAGUCUGACCACGACAUCAACCUUGCCUUCCUCCAGCCCUCUGGCGAGUGGGCUUCCAUCUCCGGUAUUGCCUCGAUCGAGACCGACCGCGAGAAGGUUCGCAAGUACUACUCUUCCGGUCUCAAGGCUUGGUUGGGUGACCUUGGUGACGGCAAGCACGAUGGUGGCCCUGAAGACCCCAGAAUCAUCCUCAUCAAGGUCAAGGCCAAGACUGCUCAGUACGCUAUCACCAGAUCAGCCGCCGGUGCUCUCGGAAACCUUGUCGAGUUCGCCAAGGGUGUCGCUACUGGCGAGACUGCCCAAGUCAACAAGCUCAGACACCUGGACGAGUCCGAGCUUCAGCAGUGGCGCUCAAGCAGCCAAUAA